UCUCUCGUGUCGACAGGCAGCUCCACAGACUGCUGAUGUUUACCUCGGAGAGUCUUUAUAACAGCUCAGUGUCGGGAAGCUGCCUCAUGGCGGCUCAAGGAGACUCGACUCGGCCCCGAGCACCGCGCCUGUAGCGAGCGACCCAUAGCUUCAACUUUAGUGUCAACGAAACAUGCAUCACACAGGAGUCUUUCCCCUGUCCCGACACCAGCACACAGGUGUGGAGGAUGAACUCAGGCCAUGGGACCAGGAGGAAAGUCGCCACGCUGCAGCAGCAUUUCAACAACACGGUGGCGUUUGACCCUGAAACACUGACAGAGAUUCAAGGUAUGUUUAAUAAAAUUCGAACAUAUGUGAAACCUUCGGAUGGCGAGUGGUGCGUCCCCAACCCAAACGCCACUCUAAGCCACAGUGCAGAGGAGCACCACGGGCUGCAGGCCCUGAAGGCGUCUCUGAACGAGGUCAAGAACCAGCUCAGUGACAAGAAUGUCCACGUCUGGCAUCAGCACACCAACUCCACCAACCGGGCCGGGAAGGUGAUCGGCGCCGUGCGCUCCGCUGCCAACGCGGAGCUCUGCACUCAGGCCUGGUGCAAGUUCUACGAGAUCCUGGGAACCUUUAACCUCCUCCCAGAGGAGGCCCUUCGAAAUGGAGAGCUGAACACAGUCCACCUGUGUGAAGCUCCAGGGGCUUUUAUAACCGCUCUGAACCACUACAUCAAAACCAGCGAGACCACGCGCUACUGUGACUGGAGCUGGGCCGCCAACACUCUCAACCCGUACCACGAGGCCAACGGCGGCAGCGCGACGAUCUUCGACGAUCGGUUGGUCGCCAACACGCUCCCCUGGUGGUUCUUCGGCUCGGAUAACACGGGCAACAUCAUGACCCAGAAGCAUUUGCUGGAGCUGCAGGCGUUCGUGGCGAACAUGCGCAGGGUCGACGUGGUGACGGCAGACGGUAGUUUUGACUGUCAGGAGAAGCCAGACGAGCAGGAGGCGCUGGUGGCGUCGCUUCAUUACUGCGAAGUCACAGCUGCGCUGCUGCUCCUGAGCCCCGGCGGCUCCUUCGUGCUGAAGAUGUUCACUCUGUACGAACACUCCUCCAUCUGCCUCCUCUACCUGCUGGCCUGCUGCUUCCACUCCGUCAGCGUCUUCAAGCCGGCCACCAGCAAGUCGGGCAACUCCGAGGUUUACGUCGUGUGUCUGAACUACGACGGCAAGGAAACCGCGAGGCCUCUGCUCUCCAAGCUGAUUCGCAACUACGGACCGCACCUGGCCGACCGAGAGGCACUUUUCCCGAACUCGCUCGUCCCCGAGUCGUUUCUGAAGCAGCAUGAAGAAGUGUGCUCGUACUUCCACGCGCUGCAGCUGGAGACGAUCACAGAAAACCUGCGACUGUCUGAAGAAACGAGCUCCGCACAGAGGCAGCGUCUGGACUACAUCAGGGACUGCACCGCUCAGGAAUACCUCCAGCGCUUCCAGGUGGCCUUCCUUCCUCGGAGCCGAUGGAUCUCUCGAAACACGGUGAGUCCCGCCUGCUGCAGCGCCUCAUCGGGUCGACCUCUGGGACAGAAGAAGCAAACAGGCUCCUUCAAUGAGCGCAUGGAAUUGCAAACCUUGAGCUGGAGGGAGCGCCUCAAGAGUGGUUGCCAUGCCGCCGCUUGGGUGCAGACGCACCGCACCGAGGCCUUGGGGACGGGCUGCGUUCUGGAAGGACCCCUGGCCGGGUGUCGCGUGGCUUCGUGGUACGUUAUCGUCGGAGCUGCACUGCCCGCUGUCAGUAACUCCGCCUUCUGCGAUGGAGGCUUGUUAAACCACUUGAAUGAAGCCCUGCUGGACACGGCAGCAGACUGGACCCGCCCACCUCCCUGUGACUUUUGCCAUGCAGUUAGCACGGCCUCCGUCUUGUCCGAUGUUGCAGGUCUUUGCACCUUCACCGCUGACGGUGAUGGGAACAGAAAGCGCAGGCGGUGUUUGGUGUUUGGCGGCCGCUCGGUGUGGGAUGCCAGCGAAAGCCAACUGGGGGAUUUAGUCUUAACAUUUUCUCCAGAGCCUUCAGCGCCUCCAAGAGGCUGCAGCACGCUGCACGACGGGGAUCCGCUGUACCAGCAGCAGCUCUUGGGUUGCGUUGCGUUCGCCCUCCAGACUCUGAGCUCUGGGGACGCCCUGCUGCUGCCGCUGUUCUCCGCCUUCACCCGGGUCACCGCAGGCGUCGUGCUCUGCCUGCACGCGUGUUUCCGCUCGGUCACGUUCAGGUGCCCGUCCCCCUGUGGCGUCGUUGGGACGGUGCUCGUGUGUGCUGGUUUCUGCCCCGAAGCUGCUGCACGACUACGCCCGGUUCUGACUGACGUCCACAACUGCAUGGGUCAGCUGUUAAGAGAAGCGGAGGACUCGGGUAGAGAUCUGCCAUCUGGGCACCACACUCAGGUUCUGCAGUUUGUCCCCAUGGAGGAGCUGCUCACAGGAGGACUAACUGAGUUCCUGCGCACCAUGAACUGUGAAAUCAUUCAGCAGGAGCUGCAUUUGCUCAUGCGAUCCUAGUGCAGACGAGUGAGCUCAAUGUCAGCAGGAGCCACAUGCAUAUUGGCAGACUUCACCUCAAGGGCAUGGAUAAUAAAAUGAUGCUUGUAUUUUAAAUCCGUAAAAGCCAUUUCACACAGUCGACAGAUGUCCCCCACUCUUUGUGGUGUUUUAUUGUGCUGGGAAUUUACCAUUUUUAAGGUCAUUGCUCGUCUCCCAAUGUGCAAAUGUCCCACCAGAACAAGUUCCUCUUUUGUAAGGGCACCGUUGCUACAUCCAGGACGACAUGCCCUCCAAUAUGAAUGCGAUUGGUAAACAACAAACAGGCCAGAGCAUCUUUUUCCCCCCUCAAGCAGAAUGAUAAUGUGUGCAUCCAGACCGUCCUCCCGCGCUGACACAGUGCUGUGGACAUGUGGAGCGAGACUAAGUGAGCUGUGACUGCCUACAAGCCGUCACGGUCCGUUCGGUUCUCCGUGGCGGUUUUUUCCAGCAGUUAGUCACUGAAUCAUUUUGUAUGCUGAUAUCAAGAGUGCUGCACUCAUUUAGCAUUGCACUGCUAUAACAUCGUCAGGAUCAAAAUUGAGGCUGCACAACCAGAGAGCGUCUCUUUUGACUCUAUGCAUCCUUAUUCUACGUUAAAACAUCAAGUGACCCCACAAAAGGUUCUUACUGAGUCUACUUUCAGAUUAGCAUACGACCGAAAUGUACAACCAUAGAAAACAAUAGGAAAUGUGGUAAAAACAGAAUUAGAGACUAUCGGAUUAGACUGAUACCUUUUUUUUGUUAAUACAUUUUAGCUAAUGUAUAGUUAUCCCAGAUUCAUCGGUAUCCGCUUGUAUGUCGAUUGAUGAAUAAGAAAUUGCUGAAUCAGGACACGUCUGUCAAAUGUAGUCAAGUUUUUUUGGAGGUCUUCCAUACAUCUUUGAUCAUGGCUGAAGUUUAUUAAUUCCAAAGUGAAGAUUAAGAAGAAAAUGUCGGGCCAAUAUUGACAUUUAGAGAAAUAAAGAUUUACUCUUGAGACAGGAUUGUGAAAUAACAUGAGUUAAUAUCCAAUCAAAUGAAUGUAUUAUGAAUGAAUAAGUUAACAUUUUUUUUUCAAAUUAUUUCAUGAAUUGUCAGUUCUUUUAUAUAUUUUUUUAGUCUGCCUUUUUAACUUUUUUUAUUAAUGACAGUUUUUAUAUAUUUCUUUUUUUAAUGCUUCUGAAAAAUAAAAUGGUCAGUGCUCUGUGA